AUAAACGUCAAAUUUAGAUUAACCCAAAAAUGUCUCUCAGUUUAGUUAAAUUAAGCAAGACAAUUUUAAUCACUGGUUGCAACGAAGGUAUUGGUUUUCAAACUGCUCUAGCUCUGGCUCGUCAAAAUCACCGCAUAAUAAUGGCCGACAAAAACGAUCUAACUGAGUCAAAAAAUAAAGUCAUUGAAGAUUCCUGCAACGACAACAUCGUCACUAAAUGUGUUGAUUUCACGUCUUUAUCGUCAAUCAGGAACUUCGCCCAAGAAGUAAAAGAAGAGGAACGUCUGGACGUUUUAAUCAACAACGUCGGAGUCUUCUGUUUAGGUAAAGAAAGAACCGACGAUGGUCUACAAGCCACGAUGCAAGUUAACCAUUUUGGUCCUUUUUUACUAACCCAUCUUCUCGCAGAAAAAUUAGCAAAGUCUGCACCCAGCAGGGUGCUUUUUGUCAGUUCUCUUGGUGCUUUCUUCCAUAGACUAACCAUUGACAGUAUUAACAGUCUUGAUGUUAGUUACUUCGACGGUUUGUCGUCUCUUCUCAUCUAUUACAACUCGAAACUGUGCAACAUCAUAACUGCCAAUGGUUUUGCGAAGAAAUUAAAAAAAUUAGGAGUUGCUGUUAACUCUCUUCAUCCAGGAAUGACAGCGACGACGUUUUUGUGGAAAAAUCAGUCUUUGGUGAACCCGUUCAAGUUUUUCAUUCAGGAACCUGCAAUGGGGGCCCAAAACAGCGUUUUUCUGUCUACGUCGAAGCACGUAGACGGUGUUUCGGGUAAAUUUUUCGUCGAUAUGAAAGAACAUCAACAACCGCGGAUUACAACAGAUGAAAAAUUUUGUGACGAUAUUUGGUCAUGCAGUGAAUAUUUUGUAGCGCUAAAGGAAGAGGAGCGUCUUACGUCACGUGGUUACAAAUAGGUGAUAGUGACAGGCCGACGAGUGUAAUAAGU